AUGGCAAUCAUAAGUAGUGCUCAAAAUGAGGCAGCAAAAAAUCAGAAACUCAAAAACAAUCUGCAGCAUCAGAGGUGUCAUCUUGCUCUCAUCUCCUCUCCCUCUCAUCCCCUCUCGCUCUCAUCUCCUCUCACUCUCAUCUCCUCUCGCUCUCAUCUCUUCUCGCUCUCAUCUCUUCUCGCUCUCAUCUCCUCUCACUCUCAUCUCCUCUCGCUCUCAUCUCCUCUCGCUCUCAUCUCCUCUCGCUCUCAUCCCCUCUCGCUCUCAUCUCCUCUCACUCUCAUCUCCUCUCGCUCUCAUCUCUUCUCGCUCUCAUCUCCUCUCGCUCUCAUCCCCUCUCGCUCUCAUCUCCUCUCACUCUCAUCUCCUCUCGCUCUCAUCUCUUCUCACUCUCAUCGCCUCUCGCUCUCAUCUCCUCUUGCUCUCCUAGACUCUCGUUGUCAUCGCCUCUCUCACAACCAUCACGCAUCGGACAUGUCAACUCCCACCGUCUCAAACCCAUCGUCUCACUCCCAUCGUCUCACCCCCAUCGUCUCACUCCCAUCGUCUCCCUCCCCUCGUCUCACUCCCACCGUCUCACUCCCACCGUCUCUCCCAUCGUCUCACUUCCACCAUUUCGUCUCACUCCCACCAUCUCACUCCCAUCGCCUCACUCCCAUCGUCUCACGCCCACCGUCUCACUCCAAUCGUCUCACUCCCACCGUCUCACUCCCAUCGUCUCACUCCCACCGUCUCACUCCCAUCGUCUCACUCCCAUCGUCUCACUCCCAUCGUUUCACUCCCAUCGUCCCACCCCCAUCGUCCCACUCCCAUCGUGUCACUCCCAUCGUCUCACUCCCACCAUCUCACUCCCAUCGCCUCACUCCCAUCGUCUCACGCCCACCGUCUCACUCCAAUCGUCUCACUCCCACCGUCUCACUCCCACCGUCUCACUCCCAUCGUCUCACUCCCACCGUCUCACUCCCAUCGUCUCACUCCCACCGUCUCACUCCCAUCGUUUCACUCCCAUCGUCCCACCCCCAUCGUCCCACUCCCAUCGUGUCACUCCCAUUGUCUCACUCCCACCGUCUCACUCCCAUCGUCUCACUCCCAUCAUGUCACUCCCAUUGUCUCACUCCCACCGUCUCACUCCCAUCGUCUCACUCCCAUCGUCUCACUCCCAUCGUCUCACUCCCAUCGUCUCACUCCCAUCGUCCCACUCCCACCGUCUCACUCCCACCGUCUCACUCCCAUCGUUUCACUCCCAUCGUCCCACUCCCAUCGUCCCACUCCCAUCAUGUCACUCCCAUUGUCUCACUCCCACAGUCUCACUCCCAUCGUCCCACUCCCAUCAUGUCACUCCCAUUGUCUCACUCCCACAGUCUCACUCCCAUCGUCUCACUCCCAUCGUCUCACUUUCAUCGUCUCACUCCCACCGUCUCACUCCAAUCGUCUCACUCCCACCGUCUCACUCCCACCGUCUCACUCCCAUCGUCUCACUCCCACCGUCUCACUCCCAUCGUCUCACUCCCACCGUCUCACUCCCAUCGUUUCACUCCCAUCGUCCCACCCCCAUCGUCCCACUCCCAUCGUGUCACUCCCAUUGUCUCACUCCCACCGUCUCACUCCCAUCAUGUCACUCCCAUUGUCUCACUCCCACCGUCUCACUCCCAUCGUCUCACUCCCAUCGUCUCACUCCCAUCGUCUCACUCCCAUCGUCUCACUCCCAUCGUCUCACUCCCACCGUCUCACUCCCACCGUCUCACUCCCAUCGUUUCACUCCCAUCGUCCCACUCCCAUCGUCCCACUCCCAUCAUGUCACUCCCAUUGUCUCACUCCCACAGUCUCACACCCAUCGUCCCACUCCCAUCAUGUCACUCCCAUUGUCUCACUCCCACAGUCUCACUCCCAUCGUCUCACUCCCAUCGUCUCACUUUCAUCGUCUCACUCCCACUGUCUCACUCCCAUCGUCUCACUCCCAUCGUCUCACUCCCAUCGUCUCACUCCCAUCGUCUCACUCCCAUCGUCUCACUCCCACCGUCUCACUCCCACCGUCUCACUCCCAUCGUUUCACUCCCAUCGUCCCACUCCCAUCGUCCCACUCCCAUCAUGUCACUCCCAUUGUCUCACUCCCACAGUCUCACUCCCAUCGUCUCACUCCCAUCGUCUCACUUUCAUCGUCUCACUCCCACCGUCUUACCUCCACCGUCUCACUCCCGCCGUCUCACUCCCGCCGUCUCACUCCCAUUGUCUCACUCCCAUCGUCUCACGCACACCGUCUCACUCCCACCGCCUCAGUAUCACCGUCUCACUCCCACCGCCUCGGUAUCACCGUCUCACUCCCACCGCCUCAGUAUCACCGUCUCACUCCCACCGCCUCAGUAUCACCGUCUCACUCCCACCACCUCAGUAUCACCGUCUCACUCCCACCGCCUCAGUAUCACCGUCUCACUCCCACCGCCUCAGUAUCACUGCCUCACUCCCACCGCCUCGGUAUCACCGUCUCACUCCCACCGCCUCAGUAUCACCGUCUCACUCCCAUCGUCUCACUCCCAUCGUCUCCCUCCCCUCGUCUCACUCCCACCGUCUCACUCCCACCGUCUCACUCCCACCGUCUCUCCCACCGUCUCACUUCCACCAUUUCGUCUCACUCCCACAGUCUCACUCCCAUCGUCUCACUCCCAUCGUCUCACUUUCAUCGUCUCACUCCCACCGUCUUACCUCCACCGUCUCACUCCCGCCGUCUCACUCCCGCCGUCUCACUCCCAUUGUCUCACUCCCAUCGUCUCACGCACACCGUCUCACUCCCACCGCCUCAGUAUCACCGUCUCACUCCCACCGCCUCGGUAUCACCGUCUCACUCCCACCGCCUCAGUAUCACCGUCUCACUCCCACCGCCUCAGUAUCACCGUCUCACUCCCACCGCCUCAGUAUCACCGUCUCACUCCCACCACCUCAGUAUCACCGUCUCACUCCCACCGCCUCAGUAUCACCGUCUCACUCCCACCGCCUCGGUAUCACCGUCUCACUCCCACCGCCUCAGUAUCACCGUCUCACUCCCACCGCCUCAGUAUCACCGUCUCACUCCCACAACCUCAGUAUCACCGUCUCACUCCCACCGCCUCAGUAUCACCGUCUCACUCCCACCGCCUCAGUAUCAUCGUCUCACUCCCACCGCCUCAGUAUCACCGUCUCACUCCCACCGCCUCAGUAUCACCGUCUCACUCCCACCGCCUCAGUAUCACCGUCUCACUCCCACCGCCUCAGUAUCACCGUCUCACUCCCACCGCCUCAGUAUCACCGUCUCACAAGGAGGUAAUCAUGCCGGUGGUGUCGCCCCGGGGCAGUGGUGCAUUUUUUAGUCAAGCCAAAAGUCCCUCGCAAAUCGACCACUGA